AUGUUUCAUUCCGCUGUGCCUUCAUAUUUUUCUCCUGAAUAUUCUCAUUGGAAUAAUCAAUCGCAUUUAACGCCAAGUUUUUAUGACCAACAAUCCGAGAUUGUUCAUAAAAAUAACAAAAAUUUGAUCAUUCGUGGCUUUCAUGUACAAUCUAUGAAAAAUGAACCAAUAAAAAAUGUCAGUGACCAAAAAAUGUGCUCACAUGUGGAAAACGAAGUUUACAAAAACAAACAUAAUGAAAUAAAGUCAAGUACUCCUCAAAGUUAUACAACUUGUUAUGUUCAACCUUCUAAAAUAUUGACAGACUUGAAAUGCAGAAAUAAAGCAAAAAAACUGGAGUUUUUCCAACGAGAAACAGAUAAAGUAUGUUAUGAGCAUCUAAAAAAAAGAGGUAUUAUAUUAUCAACUUCAAUUUCGCUUUCUUCUGAUGUAUGUCAAAUCAAUGAAAAAUUAAGAAAUGAAAGCAGAAAAGAGGGUUGCAAGCGAAAAAUAGAAUAUAGCACAUUUUGCGAAAGUUCAUCAAGUGAUAUCAAAUAUAUACCAAGAAAAAAAAAUUGCAAUUAUUCUAAAUCGUACAAAUUUAAUAAAUAUUUGAAACCAAAAUUAGCUGUUGCAAAUCAUCGUAAAAAAUUUAAAAAUAAUAAUAUAAACAGUGAUAACAGUGAUAGUGACACAUUUAUUAAGAAAAAUAAUAAUAAAAAAACUGAUAGGACCCAUUAUUUCAGAAAAAGUUGCAGUAACAGUAACCUAGAAAAAAAUAUGAGACAAAAUAAAUCAAAACAUAAGAAUGAAGUUUAUAGAGAUGGCGAAAAAAAAAAAUCAAUAAACGAAGACAAAAAAUGUAAAAUUAAUGACUGUGACCUUUCUAGUAAAAGCAAUAAACACAGCUUAAGUGAUGAGUAUUUAUCUGAUAAAAGUAUAAAAGACAAAAAAAUUCCAAACAAAAGAUUAGAUAACGAUAAAUACGAAGAUGCAAACAGUGAUAGCAAUAGUAACUAUCGGAGUAGGAGCAAUCUAAUUAAGGAGGACGACAACACAAGCAAUGAAAAUGAUCAAACAUUUUCAACACAUCGAAAUAUUGAAAAAUGUGUUUUAAGUAAAGAUUAUUACGCCCGAUGUUUAUGUGGUAGUCCUCCCAAUUCCAAUUGCGUUUGUCAAUUUAAAAACCUCAAAGAACGAUCAAAAUUUCUUCGCAAUUGUUUUCCAAAAAUAGUAAAAUCUUGCCAAUCGGGAUCAAACAUUGGAAGAAUUUAUGAAAAAAAUCAACACAAAACAUGCCGCGUGAAUUCUAAAUUAUUGAAAAGAAAAAAAUGUUUAUGUAGGAAUGAGGUAAAUGAAACUGAUUCAUCUAAUGAAUCUCAUUAUUGUGAUAGUAACAAAUUUGUUAAAUAUACAGAUAGAACAAUGAAAAAUUGUCAAAUUCCAAUUAACACUAACAAAAUAUUGAAAGCUAAAAGAUUUUUUUCAGGAAUGGCAAAUAUCAAACCUUUUUAUAAUAAAAGAUUUUAUAAUGAGCAAGUGAAUACACUCCGCCCUCAAAGUUAUUCCCGCAAUCAUUGUACUUUCGAUUUUGUAAGAAGAUCAAAAGUAAAUAAUGGAAGUGGUAACUGCUUGAAAUAUGUUAGUGACAUUAAUCUUUUACAUAACCAACAACUUUACCAAAAGUGUAAACCCCGUUUUAAACGAAAAAGUAAAUAUUUGUGUUUUUCUGCAACAAAACAAAACUCUAAUAGAUCAAAUUAUUUUUCGAAAAAUGGAAACUGUGCCAAAUCAGCAUCUUACAAUUCUGAUCCAAUUCAUUAUGCAAAAUGCAUUACAUCUAAUUUUAAAUAUGAUGUACAGCCAAGGUGCAGAAAUAUUAAUAGUGGAGUACAAAAAAAUCUUACUCAAUACCCUUUUUUAAAUUCAAGCCGUGUGGCGACUUGCAAAAAUAUUUUGUAUAAUAACUCCUUUUGUUUUUCUGGACUGGAAUCAUACCGUAACAGUUCAAGUUGUAAUCAAUCUAUUGAAAACAAAAGUAAUCAAACCUCAAGCGAUAUAAUCAAACAUGAAAAAAAAAACAAAUGUGGUCAAGAUUGUUUUAGUUUGAGAGGGAGUCAAUCAAGAUAUAGUGAGCAAUAUAACAACUAUAAAAUAAAUGAACAAAAUUCUUUAAAUCACAGCUCAAAUAUAUUAAGUGAUUCAGAUUUUACGCCGAAAAAUAAAUUUGACAAAAAUAACAAUGAGAAUGAAAAAAAUUACGACGGGAAAUAUGAACGAAAAUCAGUUGUUGAUUUACCAAAAUUUAAAUGUAAAUCGUGUUACAAAGAGGACAAUCAAACUGAUUGGCAUCGUGAAAAUUUUAUAAAAAAUUAUAGUAACGAAGAACAAAAUUCAGAAAACAUCCAAAGAUGGCAUUCACGCAAUCACCGCAACAAUGGGGAAGAGCAAACCAAAAAUUCCACUGACAAUGAAUUUUUAGCAAAGUUGUCAAAAGAGCACAAAGAAAUUUUUACUUCACAACAGAGCAAUAGGCAUUGGCAUACGUUAUUAAGACCAAAAAUGUGUGAUACAUUAAGAACAGUUCAGAAACAACCGGUCGUUGCUCCUGAAAAUAGGUGCGAAAAAUUAUUUCCCAACGAACUUUUGAAUUUAAAUACUGAACUGAACCCAUAUAAUUUACAAACUAUCAACAAAACAAAUAAAAUUGUUCACGCAAACACCUUCUGUCAAAAAGAACUAAAUAAUCAAUAUAGCCACGAUAAUAAAGAUAUAAAAAAUAUUUUUCACACGGAACAUUACAACGCUGAUUGUUUUUCACUAGAACAACCUAAUUAUUGGAAAAAAUCUAACAAUUCAUCUGAUGCUACGAAUAAACUUGCAGACAACAAUGAAAAAAAAUAUCCAUUAAUAAAUUUACCUCCGUUGGCACAUAACAUUGAAGAAGACUUGGAAUGGAAGCAACAACCGGCUUUAAAACAUAAAUCUUCACAGAUUUUAUUUUUACAAAAUCUGCAGUUUCAGUCUGGAAAAAAUGAAAUGCAAUGUCGGCAGCCAGUUGAAUGUUGGCAAAAUAAUCAACAGAAGCUUAACGAGGUAAUUCAAAAUAUCGAAUAUCAAGAAGAUUCGAAAAAUCAUUUAAUGUCAACAUUUCGAGUGCCGGUAAUAAAUUUUUCUGAUUUUUCAAACAAUUUGCAGCAAUCAACUGAAACAAGGUUUUCGGCUAAUGGUAAAUUCAUGAAUCUAAAUAAUAAAACUCGCGAAAGAUUGCUAGAAGCACUUGAAGCAAAACAUCUUCAACCAAGUCAAGAACUUUUUACCAACGAUGAUACAUGUUUGAAUGAAACUUCUAAUGGGGAUGUAAAUAGAGAAAGAUGGAAAACAAUGAGUUUUAAUGAAAAAAAAAAUGCUUCAUCAAAAUUCCUCAAUAAAAUCAAAAAUAAAAAUAGUAGUUUAAAGGAUAAGCAUUGGUUUAAUGAUGCAACUGAAAUUGAAAAUUCCACAAAGCAUGCACUACAUGCUAAUAAAAAUUUUUCAAAAUUAAACAAAUAUGGAAAACAAGAAAUAGGAGUUGCCAGAAAACGCAAAUGUCAUUUAAGACGAAAAAGAAUAUUCUUUAACCAGCACCCUAUUCAAGAUGUUGAUAGGCCAAUGGACACUUUUUCUAAAACAGGGAAAAUUAAUUUACGGUUUCAAAAUAUUAAAAAUUGUAAAAACAAGUCUAAGCAGAGAAACAUUUUUAAAAAUGGCUUUUUGCGGUUUUUUAAACGCAAGUCAGAAAAUAACAGCGCAAAAACCCAUGAUUCAAAAGAUUCAGAUUCUAGCUACUCAAACAAUAAUAAAAGUAUAAGUUUUUCUAACGAAUAUUUGUUCAAAAAUAAUCAAACAAAACAGAAAAGUCUAAACAAUUGUGUUUCUUUGAAAAAAUUUAAGGUUAACCCAAAAACAAUAAGAUAUUUCAUAAGUUUAAACGAUGAUUCUAAAUUAGCAGAAACAUUAAAUAACUUGCGUGAUGAUAAAGAAAUAAACAAAUGCCAAAAUAACAAUGCUCAAGAGCCCGCAAAUUGUUGUUGUUAUGAAAAUCAUCCACAUGAAAAAAAUGGAGUAGUUAUUGAUGAAAAUAUUAGUUUAAAAAUCAACAAACCUGUUUAUGCUGAAUUAUCAAAUCUAAACAUUCAAUCUUCUUCUUCAUUAUCUAGAGCUUCUUUUUCGAAAAAAAUACCUAAAAAUAAUUUUUCUGCAUCUUCUAGCAUGUUUUUUGAUGAAUUUUCUAAAAAACAUUUAACAUAUAAUUUUAUUAAUACUAAUUCGGAUCGAAAUUCAACUCUUUCAUCAAAAGAAAUUAAAUUAAGAUUAAGUAAUUGCAUUGGUGAAAAUAAGCGAAUCAGCACAAAACGUUGUGAAAAUAAAAUAAAUCGGAAAAUCUCUGAUAAAUCCAAAAAUAAGCUCUUGCAUACCAAAAUUAUUUUGAAAAAAAAUGCAGAAAAACAAAGUUUACUUAAUAAAGAUAAAAUAAUCAUUCCAAAACUUGAUUUGAGUUUUCUUGGUGAUGAUGAUGAAAGCGUAAAUUUAUCAAAAAAAAAGUCGGUUUAUUCUUCAACUGAAAAUACUGAAAAAGCUGGUGAAAUUUUUAAAAACAAUCAAUACAGAAAGGAUCAUAAUGAAAUGAUGGAAGAUAAUAUAGUUAUAAACAGCAUCAAAGAUCUAAAAUUUGAACAAUCAAAUCCUAACAAAUAUGCAAAGACUGAUUUUAUUCAAAAUGAUGCUUUCAUGCAAACAGACGAGCUGCUGCCAACCAAUGAAAAUUCUUCCGUCUGUUCGGAAAAUAAAAUAAUAAUAGCUAAACACGAUGCCCAACAAAAUUAUAAUUUUUCUGAAAAAAUAAAUAAAUCGACAAAUCCAAAAUUAAAUAAAAAUAAUGAGAACAGUGAUCAAAUUGUUAAUUUUAAAGACCAACAUUCAGAAAAAAUUGUUGAUCAUUUAAAAAAAUUAAACUUUAUAUAUUUUGAUAAAUUUCGGUCUAAUAUAAAAUUAAAUCAAGAAAAUAAUCCAAAUUCUAUAGCAAAAGCAGAUCAAAAGAUAGGAAAUUUUAAAAAAUUCAAACCCUUAUUAUCAAACUGUUCUCAACAAAAGUCUUUUUCUUCAUAUUUGAAAAAAGGCAGACUUCCCAUUUUUACAAAUUUGGCAAAUCAAAACCAUUUUGCCAAUCAAAACCAUUUUACUAACAAUGUCAAAGAUUUCGUCAAUCAAAAGCAUUUUACUGACUAUGCCAGCAACAACGACUAUAAUCAGUUUAACUCAAAAGACAUGUCCAAUUACCAUAUUUCUCAAGACCGUGACAAGCCGACAGCUUUUGUUUCGUUCAACUGUUUAAAAAAUCUGCAUAAUGGUUGCUAUGCGGCACAUAAUAAAAUUGAAAACAGUAAAUCAUGUGAUGAAUUCAAACGUUUGGUUCCAGCAAAAAAGGUUUUAUCAGAUGCAAAUACUUUCGCAACCAACUCUGCAGAUCCUAGUGACAUGUUUCAAAACAUACCAGUAAAUACUUUAAUAAGAAAAGUUUCUAGAUUAUCAUUUAUAACACCUUUGCAGUACAAAAAAACUCACGAAGGAAACAAUGAUUACAAACAAAUAAAACAGGACGGAAAAAAUGCAAGCCCUAACAAAAAACUGCUGUCAUAUGUAUAUAGCAAAACCUUCUCAGAAAAAAGCAUUUAA